UUCUCUGCUGCACUGACAGGGACUGGAUGAGGUCCUAGGUCCUUAGCUAGACUCCCCCCACCCCCCGCUUCCCUCAAACACUCGGAUCCCUCGUAGAGAGGGAGGGUGUUUCCAGCGGUCCACCUUGUGUGUGACACAGCGUCUGGCGCCCGCAGGCCCGCGCUUUUCGGACUCCAGCGUUUCCCUCCGGAGAAACUGCUUUAGGAAGACGUUGCUCAGUUCCUUUUAUCCCGCAGUGGUGCUCUCCUGAAUGUCGAAAUGCCUGUUAAGAGAUCACUGAAAUUGGAUCACCUCUUAGAAGCAAAAUCAUUUGAUUCUUCAAAAAUCCCAAGGAAGAACAGUAUUACAACUUACUCUCCAACAACUGGAACUUGUCAAAUGAGCCCAUUUGCUUCUCCUGCAAGCUCUAAAGAACAAGACCACAAAAGUGAACCAUCAAAUGGAAAGAGGAAAAAAAUGAAUCACCUCAGUUUAAAUGAAAGGAAGGAAUCUACAACAAAAGACAAUGAUGAAUUCAUGGUGUUGCUGUCUCAAGUUGAAAAAUCAUCAGAAGAAAUCCUGGAAAUAAUGCAAAAUUUAAGUAGUAUACAGGCUUUGGAGGGCAGUAGAGAGCUUGGAAAGCUCAUUGGUAUCUCCCGUAUGUCAUGUUUCUUCUUACAAAAAGAAAUGCAGAAAACGAAAGAGCUAAUGACAAAAGUAACAAAACAAAAACUCUUUGAAAAGAAGAGUUCAGGACCUCCCAACAAAGAAUUAUAUCAUCUUGACAGCUAUGAAUUCCUUAAAGGCAUUUUAAACUGAGUUCCCUAUGGAUUCAGCAAUACAUUUAGAAGAAAUGCACUUACUAUGGACACCAACUUCUUCUGCAUCUGCCUGAUCAUAUUUAAAGGAACAGAAGAAAUGUUUGUAAUUAAUCUGCCCAGUAAAUACCAGAUCAUAGCACUAGGCAGGUGUGUGUCUAGAUAAAAUUUCUUGCAGCUAAUUUAAACUUUCUACACACAGCAGUAGAUAAUCUCAAUGUAAAUAAUACAUUUCUUCUUGACCCUUUAAUGUAAGCCAACAUGUAGAACAAGAUCUUGACUUCAAUUCUGUAUCACAUACACUUCUGUAUACUUUUAGCAUUUGUGGAUAGACUUAGAACAUUUAUGAAAAUGGCACCUUUGGUAAAACUGUAUGUUUUAAAGCUCAGAUUAAAUCUAAUGGUGAGUGGAAUUAGGUACCACUUUCCCAUUUAAAGCCCCAGAUGUGUAUUAAUUAGAUUUUUUACACUUACAGAAUUUUCAAGAAGUUUAUUGUAUAGCCACUGUCUCGGGGACGAGUCUUUAUUAUAUUCUAGUUAUUCCUAUGUUUGUGCAGAAAAACUAUUUCAAUGUUUAAAAAUUUUUAUCCCUUUUAUAGAAUAGUGGAAUGCAUUUUUCAGUACAUUUUAAAAUAUGAAGUUGUUCUUAAACUGAACUACACACUGUACUGAAUUGAAAGGACCUUUCUUAUGGGUCAGGAAUCAUUUUGAUUCCUUCCAAAUGAUUUUGAAACAUUAUUUUAAAUUUCUAUUUUUCUGUGGUGUUAUUUUGUAUUAUAAUCAUCUGUACUCUCACGAAACAAGGGGAAGAGGGUAUCACAGGAUGUGUUAUAACUUGAUAACACGGUUUUUUAAAACUUCUGUAUUUUUCUUUGACCACUUCUGCAGGGGAAAAAAUGCUAUUCCCUUGGUACUUGCCCUAAGUCUUGAUAAAAUUUGUGGAAGAUACUACUGUAUCAUGAAAUAAAAAUACUGUAUGAAAAUCUGAAACAAAAUUUAACUUGUUUGAAAAUAACUAAUUUCCCAUUUAGAGAAAUUUCAGAUUUACUUCUUAAAAUGAAAAUGGGUUUUAAGAACUAUUAAAUGACAUAGAUACUAAAUAGUAACCCAAUUAACUAUUAAACCUAAUUGCCUUCACUAAUGACUUUAUUGGUACUAUUUAAAUAAGACUUUUAAGAUAAUCUGCUAAAUAUUAAGAACACUUUGUGAUACAGUCCUUGUAAUAGGAUAUUACUGAAAAUAUACCAAAAAGAAUAAUUCUUUUUGUGUUCUAGCACUGAAAACUAACCUUAGGAUGUAAAGCCAAAGCAUAUAAAGAAACUUACAUUAGUCAGGAAUUAAAGGGUUAAGAAGUAGUUUGGUUUCAUAUGUAAUGCAAGUUAUGUAGGUAUGUACUUAAUGCUAUUAAAUCAGUUACUGUAU